UAUUGUAGUGUAGAGACCGUAUUAUGAAACUCCAAUCCUUCUGCCCGAGUUAAGGACAUCAUACAAGAAGCCACAUUUUCUGCCCUGUAACCUGCAUUUUUGUCGUUGGAUAAUAUUCGACGGACAGCUUGUUAAAGAGCAUUUAAGUGUCCACGCAAGAACAUUUACACUCGAGGCGAGACCCCAUAUGGACUAAACACAUCAAAUUAAAGUGACAGUGAGGACGCUUCGACAUUACACAGGACUACAAGCGACCAAGUGACCCCUGAGCAAUGUCCACCACAACCGGGCGAGGGCAUGGGGGUCUUAAUCAACUAGGCGGCAUGUUUGUGAACGGACGGCCACUCCCGGAGGUCAUCCGGCAGCGCAUUGUGGACAUGGCUCACCAGGGUGUGCGCCCCUGUGACAUCUCCCGGCAGCUCCGGGUCAGUCACGGCUGCGUCAGCAAGAUUCUGGGCAGAUACUAUGAGACAGGCAGCAUAAAGCCUGGAGUGAUAGGGGGCUCGAAGCCAAAAGUGGCAACUCCAAAAGUGGUGGAGAAGAUAGCCGAGUACAAGCGGCAGAACCCUACCAUGUUUGCAUGGGAGAUCCGAGACCGGCUACUUGCAGAGGGUGUGUGCGACAGCGACACAGUGCCCAGUGUCAGCUCCAUCAACAGGAUCAUCAGGACAAAGGUGCAGCAGCCAUUUAACGUGCCCUUGGAGAGUAAGAGCCUCAGUCCGGGCCAAACGCUAAUUCCAAGUUCAGCCGUCACCCCUCCUGAGUCGCCCCAGUCAGACUCUCUGGGCUCCACCUACUCCAUCAGUGGCCUGCUGGGUAUACCUCAGACAAGCUCGGACGGCAAGAGGAGCCAUGACGACAGUGACCAAGAAAGCUGUCGGCACAGCGUGGACUCACAGGGCAGUGGAGGCGGGGCCAGGAAGCAGCUCCGCCCCGAGCACUUCUCCUCCCAGCACCUCGACUGCGGGUUCGAGCGGCACCACUAUGGUGGAGACACGUUCAGCCAUACUGCAGCUGGCAAGAGCGAGCAGUGCCUCUAUCCCCUCUCGCUCCUCAAUGGGAGUCUGGAAGAGGGCAAGAGCAACCUUGCAACAUCCAGUGCCACCAUUGGCCGGAACUUAGCAACACACCAGGGAUAUACCGUGGUCACAGAUCCCCUACAGCCCCUCCCAAUCUGCCUGAAACAGGAAAUGUCACCUGAGGGGGCCAGUUCAAGCCCCUCCCCCAACAUUAUAGCCAAUACUGCAUUCCUGGAUAUGGGUUCCAUUUCUGCUCCAUCACCAGUGUCCGUGGGUAACAGUUGCAACAGUGCCACACAUUUCUCCCAUGCCUUCAACUCAUUCCCCCAUCAUGCACCAGUGUACGGCCAGUUCAGCAGCCAGUCGCUCAUUGCAGGGCGAGAUAUGGUGAGCUCCACUCUCCCUGGAUACCCACCACACAUUCCCGCAGCUGGUCAGACAGGUUACUCAUCCUCUGCCAUCACAGGAAUGGUAGCAGGUGCGGAAUACUCAGGCCAGACGUACACACAUUCGCCGUACACAUCCUACAGUGACGCCUGGAGAUUCACCAACUCCAGCAUACUAGGUUCACCAUAUUAUUACAGCUCAGCCUCCCGCACAGCUCCGCCCUCCACCGCUGCCUACGACCACCUUUAGUGCCAGACAAGAAGACGUUACGCGAGGCCUGGUCAGCUACUUGUGAAUAAAAAUGACGUGGACAUACGUAAAAUACAAAGAACUUCCGUUGUAUUCUCUUGUCUUCAGUCGCAGAGGGUAUGACGAGGGAAACAACGAGAAACAUGAAGGACAUGGAAAAAGACCAGCAAAGUAUUCAUGGACAAUAUUUUUGUUGCCUGAAUGACUAUUAUUUAUUUAUUCACUUCGUUAACAGCCUCCACAAAUGCAAUUUACACAAGUUUACAACUUCCAUUUAAAUAGCUUUCAUACCUUUUCCAAGGUUUAAAGUUAGGGACCUAGUUUUGUUUGCAUUCCAGGCAUUGUCCAAUUGCCAAAGAUCGAUCGUCUUACAGCAGAUUGUUGUGUGACAAGAACGGAGUUCAUGACCUUGGUAUACUCUAUUAAGAAAACCAACGUUUCCGGUUUUUUUGGGGGUUUUUUUGUUUUUGUUUUUUUGCUGGCUAUUGUUCUCAAAAUAUUUGGGCUUUGUAGCCACAUACUACUUAUACGCUUUCGAAAGAUCUAUUUUCCCAACAAACUCCCCGAUUAAGUUCAUCAGAAGCAAGAGCCGCAUUUCACAGCCAGUGACCAUUAGCCAUCAAUCUAAAGAAAAAAAGUCAACGUGUACAUAUUGUAGAAAAGGAAAUCCCUUAUUGAAAAUUCCCCUUUAUUCUACAUAUAAACAGAAAUGGGCGUCGUGGAAACGAAUUAAUAAAUUGAAUGGGAAGUUUAAAAAGCUUUUUCAUUGUUUUAUUAUCCUCCCUUCCCUGUACUACAUGUCAAAUGGUUCUGCUAAGAUCUGUGAUUAAACUAUUCAUUUUUAUUCUAUUGUCAAGCAUAUGAUUAAUCAAUUUCUACAAAAUUAUUUUUAAAUAAA